AUGAGCUCUAAACCAUGUAUUCUAUUAACUGUGGGUGAAGCCAGCUCUAAUCCUGGCCAUAUUGACAUAUUUUCCCCAAUCACGCGUUUAUCGAGGAAAUUAGAGAAUUCAAAUCAAGUAUGGCCUCUGAGAUGGUAUCGAGAAGCUGUAUUGGUAAGGUUGCAAGGACCAUCAAGUUCAAAUGGUACUGGUCGUGUUGAAGUAUUAUAUCGUGGACAAUGGGGGACAAUUUGUGAUCAUGGGUGGAAUUUGAGAAAUGCUCAGGUUGUAUGUCGUCAACUUGGUUAUAAAGAUGCUGCCCGACCACUUCAUGGUGGGCAGGCUCCUUCUGGUUCUGGACAAAUAUGGUUAGAUGAUGUUGAUUGCACAGGAACAGAACGGACUAUAGCAAGUUGCUCUCAUGGAGGUUGGGGUCUUCAUAUUUGCGGCCACCGCAAAGAUGUGGGAGUUGAAUGUAGUCCAACAGGUUCACCUGUUUCGGUCAGAUUACAAGGACCUUCAAGUGGAACAGGAACUGGUCGUGUUGAGGUAUUCUAUCAUGGUCAAUGGGGAACAAUCUGUGAUGAUGGAUGGAAUAUAAGAGACACUAGAGUUAUUUGUCGUCAACUUGGUUAUCCCGAUGCGGUUAGAACUCUUCGAAGACAUGAGGUUCCUGCUGGUUCUGGACAGAUAUGGUUUUCUUACGUCGCUUGUUCUGGGGAUGAACAAAAUAUAACAAGUUGCUUUUAUAGAUGGGAUUAUGGUUAUUGCUCACAUUCUGCAGACGUUGGAGUAAAAUGUUCAACAACAGCUAUAACUGCGUCAGUUAGGUUACAAGGACCAUUAAGUGACGACGGUAUUGGUCGUAUUGAAAUAUUCUUCAACGGAACCUGGGGAACUAUCUGUGAAUAUGGAUGGGAUUUAAGAGAUGCCAGGGUUGUUUGUCGUCAACUUGGUUUUCAAAAUGUUGCUCGGGUCCUUUACAAGAAUCAGGUUCCUUCUGGUUCUGGACAGAUAUCCUUAAAAAAUGUCGAAUGUAUUGGCUCAGAGCGUAAUAUUGCAAGUUGUUUCUAUGACGGUUGGGGUGUUACUUCUUGCUCACAUUCAAGAGUUGCAGGAGUUGAAUGUAGUACAACAGAUUUUUCAACUACGCCUGUGUCGCUAAGGUUGCGUGGGCCAUCAAGUGAAAAAGGUACAGGUCGUGUUGAAGUGUUCUAUCAUGGAUAUUGGGGUACAAUCUGUGAUAGUUCAUGGGAUUUCAAAAAUACUAAGGUUGUGUGUCAUCAACUUGGCUAUCUGGAUGCUGUUAAAACUCUUGAAAGAGACGAAGUCCCCAAAGGUUCUGGACAAGUGUGGUCAUCAGAUGUAUAUUGUACUGGGAAAGAGCACAAUAUAACAAGUUGUCCUCACAGUGCUUGGGGAGUUUAUUCUUGCACACAUGAUCAUGACGUUGGAGUUCAAUGUUCUACGACAACCAUAACGGCGCCAAUUCGUUUACAAAAACAAUCAAGUAAAGAAGGUACUGGUCGUGUUGAAGUGUUUUACAAUGGACAAUGGGGGACAAUUUGUGAUACAGAAUGGGAUUUGAGAGAUGCUAGGGUUGUAUGUCGUCAACUUGGAUAUCCUGAUGCUGUUCGAACUCUUAAAACGAACAAGGUUCCUCCCGGCUCAGGAAAAAUAUGGUUAUCCGAUGUUUUUUGCACCGGGAAAGAAAAAAAUAUUGCAAGUUGUAUUCAUAAUGGUUGGGGCGGAGCUCCUAAUUGCUAUCACUCUAGUGACGCUGGAGUUAAAUGUUCCAGGACAGUAAUAACUGCGUCACUCAGGCUACAAGGGCCACUAAGUGAAGAUGGUACUGGUCGGGUUGAGGUAUACUACAAGGGACAAUGGGGAACAAUCUGUGACAAUCGAUGGGAUUUGCGAGAUGCCAGGGUUGUAUGUCGUCAACUUGGUUACCACAACGUUGUGAGGACUCUUCCGAGGAACGAGUUUAUCCCUGGUUCUGGACCGAUAUGGUUAAACAACAUUGUUUGUACGGGAGAAGAAGAAAAUAUUAAAAGUUGUUUACAUGAUGGUUGGGGUGUCAGUUAUAGUCCAUGUUCUCAUGAUCGAGACGCCGGAGUAGAAUGUUCUCCAACAGAGAGACCAAAUGUAACAGUCAAUUGCUCCAGUUUCAUCGCAGUAAAUCUUGGUGAUGAUAUAACAUGCUUGUGUGAAGGAAAAGGUGGAAAACCUCCAGCCAAUGUGACAUGGUAUAAAGAUGGCGUCCAGUUUGGUAAAACAGAACAGGAGCAAAACAUGUUGACUCUCAGUAAUGUCAAUAAAACAGAUAAUGGAACAUACAAAUGUGUUGGAAAAAGCUACACUCUCACGGAUGAAAAAUCAAUUGAGGUCGAUUUUUAUUACGGUAAAUAUAAUUUAGCCUUAGGUAAAACGUAUGAGAAAGAAACAAUAAAUAAUCUUGGUAAAAGUACAAGGGAAAGAUCACCCUCCAAAGAUUCGAAGGGUGGAACUGAAUGGUAUAUUCCUUUUAUCAUCGUCGUGGCUGUAAUUAUUAUUUUACUUUGUGUUGCAUAUGCUGUUGUGUAUUAUCGUCGACGAUGGCUAGGAAACAGAAAUGCUGGAUCGAGUACCGGUGCUCAAGAUACAAAUGCAGAUCAAGUUAAAGUUUACGAAGAAGUUGAUCUUAAAAAUUUAGCGAAACACCGCUACCAGUCACCAGGAGAUGCCGUAAAGGAUGAUUACUCAAGCUAUGCAGAAUUAGAUAAAUCGAGAGACACAGGAAACACUUAUCAAAGCUUAAAAUAA